UACAGGCACCUUAUGUGCGGCGUAUACGUUUCUCAUAUGCUAAAUCAAUGUCGAUUCGAGCUACGUUGUGAUUCAGACGAUACAGACUGUAGACUGAAAAUUAGUGCAAUAUUCGAAGGUGAAGCGCUGCCUGAAGUUUUUACGUUGGGCAUACAAAAAACGAUUUACUACCUGAAGCAUCGGGCAUUAGUCCACUUGAUAAAACCUAAACCUGAAGAAAGCGGUACACGUGACAGCAGCAUAAGAUCCUGUGGAUUGAAAUGAACCAUUCUACUUCAGAGGCAACAGGUCUUGACCCUGCCGUGCUGAGAGACCAACUCUUCGAACUAUGGAAUGGGAAAGACCUGCUGUCGCUACAUUGUGUAGCUAUUCAGGGAUUUUCAAAGCUGUAUGAGCCUCUAGAGGCCCUGCUAACAAUCCUGGAAAGCUGUCCGGGCAAACAGAAGGGUCGGAGCCACACCCUUGCCUUUCAGAUACUCACGGAAUUCCAGACGUGGGUGAAGGAGCAUCCUCAGGUGACCCUAAGUUCAAAACCAGAAUGCGAAGCACUGAAGCUUCAGAAUCGUGCUCUGUGUUUACUGACUGAUACUCACGGCGGCUUUAUUGAGAACCUCAUAAACAUCUACCACCUCGGCUCCGUGGACCCGGCCGUACUCCGGCUGCACAUUGUGAGGUUGCAGGCUCUCCACUGCUACAAAGAGGCAGCUGUGCUCUGCAUAAAAUUCAAGUUACAGACGGACAUGAAUAUGGAAGAGAUGUGCGUACCAUUAAUCCUGCAGGAUAAGCUGUCAUUGGCGGAGUCGUUCGUCACAGGUCACCAUCAUCUAGAGCAACAGCUCGUGACACUGCUCGACUCCUGGUGCCACCCCAGCUUCACUGUAGACGAGAUAAGCAGGCGGUUUCCUCACCUCUACCUCUCCAAACACUGCAUGGGCCUGAUCAAGCCCAAAAUCCUCUCCAAACAUGUCGUGCGACUUGUUGAGAAAUUCAACAUUGAGCAAGGACUGUGUCCCAAUGCUCUGCACAAGAGGAGACUGGACUCUUUACGUUUCCUCAUGUAUAAGAGGUUUGUGGAGAAAAGCAUGACAGAGGAGAACUGGAGUGACCACGUACAGUAUGUCGUGUCAGAUGACCACAAGCUGCAGAUUAAAUUGGUGGAGAUGUUGGUGCAGUAUUGUGGCCUCAGGACAGCCUCGCAGUGGUCACUGAAAUACAACAUCUCCAGAAAUCAACUUCCCUUCGGUGUAUGGGACAUGCAGCAGAGUCUACCACCCCAUCUACAACAGAUAUGUGAUUCAGCACAAACUGAGGACUGGAUUCCGUCUCAGCUUCACCGUCAGAGGUUUUACCAGGUGCCACUUGCCAAAGACAAGGUUCACUUUGUGAGAACGGUGGAAGAUCUCCAGAGAUGUCGAAACAUCUUGCUGAAGGACGGUGUUACAGUUGGCGUCGACAUGGAGUGGCAGCCUACAUUUGGUUGCAUCUCAAAUCAGCAAGUUGCCCUGAUACAGCUUGCAGUGUUUGACCAGGUUUUCUUAUUGGACCUCUGUGCAAACGGAUUCUGCCAACACCCAGAUACUAUUGGUUUCAUCAGGAGCUUGUUUUCUCACAGAAAUAUCUCUAAACUGGGUUAUGGUAUGACUGGGGAUCUCAAGUGUCUCUUGGCCACCUGGCACCAACUUUUAGAGGAGCCUCUGAAGAUGGAGGGGGUGAUUGAUCUUCUUCAAGUACAUCAAAAGAUGCAGAGCAGUAAGGGGAGGAGGAUUCAGAAUGGCCCUAAAGGGGUGCUUGUUGGAGAGAAUUCUGCAGAAAAAGGCCUCAGUUUACUGGUACAACAGGUCCUGGGAAAACCACUGGACAAGACGGAGCAGAUGUCCAACUGGGAGAAACGUCCACUGCGCAUCAGCCAAAUUAGAUAUGCAGUGGCAGAUGCCUGCUGUUUGCUGGACGUGUACUCUGUCCUUUCCAGCAAUGCAGCUCACUACGGGCUGCCAGCUGACCUGAGCAGCAUCUUUUCAAGCCAUUCAGAAAAGAGCGGAGACAAAACACCGAAGGAGAAGAAACAGAAGAAACAGACUCUUGGCCAAGAGGAAUGUCAGGGGGCUCAGAGGGUCAGUCCCCCUCGCUCUGACACAGAGAAAGGCCUCCUGUGUGGCGAGAACCCCUCUGAAAAUGCCCCCCUGCUGCCCCCACAGCAGUUGCGGGUGGUGUGUGACAACAUGCUACAAGGACUUGGGAGGUACCUGCGCUGCUUAGGCGUUGAUGUGGUCAUGUUAGAGAGCACUGAUGACCACAGAAGAGCGGCGGAGUUAGCACACAUGGAAGGCCGCGUUAUACUCACAUGUGGACAACCGUUCCAAAGUUUGCGUUCCCAGGUGGGCGAGGGUCGCUGUCUGUCACUUGACUGUUCAGAAAAGGCCAAAGACCAGGCUGUCAGAGUCCUCAGACACUUCAAUGUCCAGCCCACUCCCAGCGAUAUAUUCAGCCGCUGCCAGGCCUGUAACAGUGACCAGUAUGUGGCAGUGCCCAGGGAGGACAUGGUCAAGAUGCUUACACAGAAAGGAUUCCUGCAGGAUCCGGACACUGACACCGACCGCUCACAACAGACGUCCCGUCAACAGGAAGAGGAGAACUGCGGUGACAUCUUGACCACCAGCGCGACCCCUGAACUCCCAAGGUAUGCCCUUCAGUGUCGCUGGGCCCUCCUUUCAGAGCUGGACCCCGAUACCAUGACCUUUCCCGGGGGGGCGCCCAUACAGCUCCACACCGUGCCGCCGACCCUCCUGCAGAGGAUAGCGCUCUUCUAUGUGUGCACCAGAUGUGGCAAGGUGUUCUGGGAAGGCUCUCACUUUGGCCGCGUCCUCUCCAUGUUUCAGGAGGUCCUGCAGAUAGCGGACGGGGACGCUGAUUCAGUUACACAGCACCACUGACGGACUCAUGUAGAGACACAGAGUUAACAUCACCAAAAAGAAAGGGUUAAGUUGCUGCUGGAAAUUAUUAUUAGAAGAAACACUUAUGUUUUCUCUUAAUUUGUCAUCAUUUUAAUGAAAUAGCCUUAAAGAAUGUAAAUUUAUCUCAGGCUAUGUUUCUUCACUAGAAGAACACUUUAUAACUGUUGUGUUAUUAUAAGUCAUACAUGUUGACCUCGUAGUUUUAUUUUAGUUUUAGUGAUUAUCACAUUUUUAUAACCAGUGACAUUGUGAAAUCUCCGAUUUCCUCAACAGAACAGAAGUUGAAUGCACUGAUGUUCCAUCUGUUCAAUUAUCGUUUUUAUUGCUUUGAUUUAAAAGCUACUGUGAGGUGAUGACAGAACUCUGUUCUACUGCGUACUGUAUUAUGUCGUACUGUAUCCCUUCGCGCUCGGCGAUAACAUGUAUAUACGUUUUUAAUUUGUUCGGUGAAAGAUGUGACAAUAAACUUUACGUCUUAA